AAUGAACACAUAUCCCGAAUUCAUACUCGAGUGAUCCUCUGUUCGUUGAUUUUUUAACAGCCAAUUCGGCAUUUUAAGGAAGAGCGUAACAGUGUUACUUUACUGCAUGUGCACCGACUGCAACUUUCGUUGCCGUGGACGUUGUCACUUGACCGGACCGAGCGGCAGCAGAAGGUCUCAAGUUCCGUCCGGGAUAGAAACGGGUUUUGUGUGUGAGUUACUGUGGAAAGUCAGCUUUGUGUAUAGGCACUGUUCGUCGGGCGUCGUAUGAGCUAAUGAGAAGAUAGCACGUCUCGGACUAGAAUAAAAUAACAUGGAACCUAGUGAUAAAAGAGAAGGUUAUCUUAAGGCUACUGGUGACACUUCCGCAGUUCGUAAGUCUACAGGAAGAAAGGAACAUUGUACAGCUUGUAGACAGCCAAUCGUAGACCGGUACAUAAUGCGAGUGAUGGACAACUCUUGGCAUGAAGGCUGUCUCCUCUGCUCUGUGUGUCACAACCAUCUGACCAAGACCUGCUAUUCCCGAGAUAGAAAGCUAUACUGCAAAGCAGAUUAUGACAAAUUGUUUGCAGCAAAAUGCACUGGAUGUUUACAACCGAUAGCACCUAGCGAGCUUGUGAUGCGGGCCCUGGACUACGUAUACCACAUCUCCUGUUUCACAUGUGUUGGCUGUGGACGUCAGUUACAGAAAGGUGACCAGUUUGUCAUCAGAAAUGGUCGACUUUAUUGUAGGCCAGACUUCGAAAAAGAAAUAGCAAUGAUUCAACUUGUACAGAGAAAUGAAACCGCCCAGCUUCAAGAGCAGCAUCAAAACGGACAGCAGCGUCAAGAUGGACGACGAGGUCCCAAACGGCCUAGGACCAUCCUGACCACGGCCCAAAGAAGGGCCUUUAAGGCCUCAUUCGAAAUCAGCCAGAAACCUUGUCGAAAGCUGAAGAAGAUGCAGCGUAAACAGCAACAACAACAGCAAAAACAAGAACAGCACAAUUCUCAGAAACAACAAAGAACUAAUCAGUCAAACGGUGGCGUUGCCAUCGAAGGCAAUAAUUCUGUGAAGGAUGGUUCUCCAUAUUCCCGUCUUGGCUCUCUAACUGACUCUCCACCAGAUGGCUCUCAGUUUUCACUUCCUCCAGUAAGUUAUCAUGCCUCUGCAAAUGAAGGUCAGUAUUUUCAAGGCACAGCUGACACUUACAUGAAAUCUGAAAUUAGUUUAGAGAACGAGGCUAGUCUCAGUGGGCUAGAAGAGGUCCUUAUUGGUCAAAAUCAGCCGCCAUCUUUGAACGAUUCAUCCCAACUUUUCUCAGCUACCAUUAAUCCCAUUGAUAAACUGUAUUCAAUGCAUUCGUCAUAUUUCAGCGCCACUGACUGUGAGUGCCUUGGAACGAACAGCUAAAUUGCUUCGUAUCGCAAGAAGAAAGCAGAAAACGUGAAUUAUUUUAAAUCCCUCAGAGUCCUUGCUGUCUAUUUAAGAUUACAGAUCGAGCAUCACCGCCCUCUAUCGAGCUUUUUGACCACAAGUUAAUUAAACAACGGAACUGUUUCGAUUCUGUGUGAAGAGGAAAAAAAGACAAAGUGAGAGAAAUAUCUGGACCAAAUUAAAGACCAUUCAGAACUACUAAGAGAUUUUUAUAAGGCUAAAGUUCGGGACUCGAUCCCCACGGAGGACACAGUGCAGAUAGUCCAUUGUCUUGAAGGUUACGUCAGUAUUUUCACCUGAGUACAUGUGGUUUUUCACCCAAGAUCUGUUUUACGUCAAAUACAAAAAAUUUUUUACAGCAUCACGUUUUUGCCAUUUCUGUCAGAUAUCUUUGAGAUAUUUUGCCUUUUGUUCUUGUUUUUUCUAAAAAUAAUGAUAUUUAUUUAAACGUACUGUUCACUUUACUGUGUUUUUAUUAUGUUCGAAAAUUUUUAUUCUAGUCAUGGGAGUUGUUUUUAUGACUUUUGUGUUGAAAGU